AUGGACCGGCUGACCGACAAGCCGGACUGGCGGCGCAAGGUCUUCGACGAGGACAUUGUGCAGCGCUGGCGGAGCGAGGUCGUCGCUCCCCAGGAUCUGCGCCCAGACCACCACGCCCGGAGCCAGGGCUUCACGCCCGAGAUGUUUGACUACUGCAUCCGUGAGCUGAGGGACAAGGCGCGUGACUUCGUCGACGAGGGCAUCGUCCUGCUGUACGAUGUCGACGCGGGCGUGGCCAAGUCCGACUCCCUUGUCUCAGAGGAGCUGAAGCAAGACCUCCGCGCCGCGGUCAGGCCACUCGAGGACGUCCCCGACAAAUACAAGGACUGGCACCCCGGCUCCGACAACCGCGUUCUUGACCUUGUGCACCCCUCCCUCUUCCCCCUCAUCUACGACUGCACCCACAUCCUCCCUGAAAAGAGCGUCACGCUCGAGAAUUGCCUGCGCCUCUGCGGCUCCGGCGAGCCCGCUGAGUUCAAACCCAUCAAGGAAACUAACGAGUUCUACUCCUGGGAAUAUCAGUGGCUCCCUGCUGAAUUAGCUUUCACUGAUGAUGAAGUCGGCGUCAAGUUCACCAGCUACAUCAACAACCUGCAUCCGUGCAGGCACGAGAAGCUGUACGCCGCCAUCGAGCGCAUCGCGGCGAAGGCGGUCCCGCUCUGGUCGGUGACGCUCGGCUCAUUCUACUCCCCACGCAACCGGGUUCCCGUCAACGAGACAAUCUACGAGUACGACUACCCAGGGCAGAACAAGUCGGACCAGCCACAAGACCACGUAAACCUGGAGCAAGAACCGGAGCCCGAAUCUACAGAAGAGCGCCUCCAGCGGAUACAAGAAGAACAAAUAGCCGAGUACGAUCGCAUCCAGCGGUCAAGACGGCUCGUCCUGCCACAGCCCCAAGAUUAUGAGCCCAGAGACAAGCCGCCGUUCUUCAAUCUCAGACAAAAGUUUAUCGAAAAGGGCCUGCAGGUCAUAGUUAAGCUCGCCAACAUCCACCUGACACCGGAGAAGCCGAAAUAUGAAGGCGGGUCCUGGCAUGUUGAGGAGAUGCUCAACGAGCACAUUUGUGCGACGGCGCUCUACUACUACGACUGUGAGAACGUCACGGACAGCUACCUCUCAUUCAGACAAAAGAUUGACACGUCGGACGAAGACGGUUUAGCCGAGCAGAACGACUACGAAGGCGUCGAGAUCAUGUUCGAUAUUAAACAGGACGAACCUGGUAUUCAGGACGUUGGCAGUAUAAAGACCCAGGAAGGUCGGAUGCUGGCUUUCCCGAAUGUGUUUCAGCAUCGGGUGGCGCCAUUCAAGCUGAAUGACCCAACCAGGCCCGGCCAUCGCAAGAUCAUCGCUCUCUUUUUGGUGGAUCCGUAUUGCCGUAUCAUCUCCACGGCGAGAGUGCCGCCGCAGCAAAAGGACUGGUGGGCGGACGUGGUGCGGAAGGAGGGCGCCGUGCCAAAACUGCCGGCCGAGUUGCUCGAGUACGUUGUCGAGGACGUGGAGUGGCCGAUGAGUCUGGAGGAAGCGAAAGAGCAUAGGUUAAAGUUGAUGCAGGAGCGGACCGCGUUUGCGGGGACCGUCGACGAUGUGUUCGAAGAGGAUACCUUCAACUUCUGCGAGCAUUGA